AUGUACUACUUCCAAGGCUCACGCGACAGAGAUCCGCCAGGACCGUCUAGCUAUCGCCCAAGAUCUGAUUAUCAUGGAGCGCGGUAUCAGCCCCCACGAACAGACCAAGCUCGCAGGCCUCCGCCGGCUUUACCCAGGACUGCUGCUAAUAGGCCCUUGCUCAAACUUCGCCACGACGACUCGACAGAUUCUUCCCUUACCGAUUCCAAUUUGACCUCCAAGUCAAAGUUUCGCAAUAUUGACGAACUCACUGAUAGUGAAGAAGAAGAAAUGGCGCAGUCGGAAGACGAAGAGGUGGACCGGCGAGCCAACAAGCGUGCCAGACUGAAUGAGCCCGAAUCUACUGCCGUACCAGCUCUACCAAAAUGGUCAAACCCCGAUCCGUACACCUCGCUUCCUCCUCAAGCAGAUGCAACUGCCAAACGCGUUGAUGUUGUCAAAUUGAUUAGGAAAGCGCGCAUCGGUGGCGCCCGCAGCCUCGAACAAGUUAACGUAUCCCACGACUUCAUCUCCUUCGAAAACGAUGAACACAAGCCAAGUGAGCAACCUGUGUCUCCAGAGCCUCGCUCAAGUAUUCCGGUGGCGCCCAAGGCGCCGGCAUCUCAGCCACAGGUCAAGACCACUGUUACAGGCAAAAGAAAGCGAGAUGCUUCUCUGGGUGAGGAAGCACCACUGCCACGAUCUGACAACCAAAUUUAUGCCGACCGCCAUGUGCAAGAUCAGUGGAGAGCCAAGCCUGGGGUCGAUACGACGCCGUGGCUCGCUGCUCAUUCUCCUAAUGAUAUUCCUUUAGCUGCUUUCCACAAAGAGGUCAUUGACUUCUACCACUGGGUGAAGCCAAAGCCUCACGAGGAGGAAAUCCGUGACGAGGUCUUUCGACGCCUGAAUACCGUCUUGCAAAGUUUCGCAUUCGGAGAACUGAGAGCAUUCGGAUCUUAUGCUGCCGGUCUGUACUUGCCCACUGGAGAUAUGGACCUUGUGUACCUCACCCGCAAUUUCAGACCUGGUCAGUUUUCAAAGGAACAUGCCAGGCGACUCGUCCUCGGCUGUGCCAGGUUUCUAAGGGAAAAGAACAUUGCUGAAGGAGUCGUGGUACCUAUCCCCAAGGCCAAAGUCCCAAUCAUCAAGUUCGUCGACAGGAUCAGCGGCCUCAAGAUUGACCUCUCUUUCGACAAUGAUACCGGCAUUGCUGCUAUUGAUACAUUCCAUAAGUGGAAGCGGGAAUAUCCCGUUAUGCCCAUCAUUGUGUCAGUGGUGAAGCAAUACUUGAUGAUUCGAGGGUUGAACGAUGUUUCAACUGGUGGCUUGGGUGGCUUUUCCACUAUCUGUCUGGUCACCAGCCUGCUGCAACAUCUGCCAGCUACUAAGCAGCCAAUCAACCUUGGCGAUGUCCUAUUGCAGUUUUUCAACUACUAUGGAAAUCUCUUUGAUAGGCAGUCGGUGAUCAUCCGACUUGAUCCCCCCGGAUAUUUACACAAGGCGUCUUACCGGCCUCGGUUCGAUGAUAGGGGCAUGAAACGACUUACUAUCGUUGAUCCACAUCGAGCGGACAACAAUAUCUCAGGCGGGACUAAAGAAGUCGAUAAGAUCUUUAAAUGCUUCUCCGAGGCAUACAAGGCCCUCAUGAGUCGACUGUCCGCUUACGAAAGACGAAACCCACAAGCUCCUCAGGGCAGCUUUCUGGAAUGUCUCAUCGGCGGCAACUUCACGCUUUAUGACGCACAGCGACAAAAAUUGCUUGAUCUUUUUUCCAAUGAUUACAACUCGGUUGUGAAGAACGGAGGAUACGCGUCCGAGAUGGCUCGUCAACCGGCUGCUGUCCAUGGACGGGGCAAACUGAAUGACAACCCAGACGAAUCUGGUGGCUUUGCAGAGAGGAUACCUGCACCAACGAAGAAGCUCGGCAAAGGCGAGAGACGAGCGAAACGGCUCAAAGACCUACGACCCGAUCUCGCGCCGUCAAUCCGGAGUACUAUUAGCCUUAUUGAUGCUAUGAAGAUUGGAGGCUACAAAACACCACAGGAGAUGGAUAAUGACCUCCGGAUACGAGAAGCGGCGGCGACGAAGAUUGCUGCAGCCUGA